CAGCCAGCGUCGACCCGAGGCGGCCAUGCAGCAGGCGGAGUGGGACGAGCAGAGCGAGCUGCGUGAGCUCAACUGCCGCCUGUGGCACUACGUGUCGCGGGUGCGGGACUUGGAGCAGGAGAACCGGCGCUUGGCGCAGGAGCUGGCGGCGUUGCGCGGGCAGGAGCGGCGCGUCUGCCGCCUGCAAGAGCAAGAGGACGAGGCGGCCGAGCUGCGCCUGGCGGUGGCCGAGCUGAGCCGGGCCAAAGGCGAGGCGGAGCUGGAGCGCGACGCGCUGCGCCAGGAGCUGGCGCGCUUGGAGAGGCUGGGCGCGCAGUCCGUGGAGCUGCGCCGCCGCCGCCUGGAGCCCGAGCUGGCGCAGCAGCGGCAGCAACUGGAGCGCCUGCGGGCCGACUGCGCCGCCCUGGAGGCGCUGCUGGAGCGGCUGCUGGGGGAGCACGGGCGGCUGCAGGAGGCGCGGCGGCGGCAGCGGCGGCCCGCAAAGCUCCCGGCCUUGCCCGCGCCGCCGCCGCCGCGCGCCAAGACUGCGCGCGUCAACCGGCGGGACCUGGAGGAGAGUUACGCGCUGGUGCUGAGCUGGAGCUGCGACCAGAGCCUGGAGCGCUACGACGCCGAGCUGCGCGCCCUGCAGGAGCUCGAAGGGCGCCUGGGCCGGGAGAACCUGCAGAAGCUGCGCGCCCACAACGAGCACAGCCGGCGGCAACUGGGCGAGCUGCACCGCCGCUGCCGGGAGCUGAGCGCGCUGGCCGAGCGCCUGGAGCGGGAGCGCCUGGCGCAGCAAGAGCACCAGGGCGCCGAGCUGGGCGAGUACCAGAUGAUAAUCGAAGCCCUUGAAGAAGAAAAGCGAUACCUAACUAUGUCCAUCGCAGAGUACCUAAAGGACUACCAUGAACUCCUGCAGGUGAAAGCGAGUCUCAGCCUAGAAAUCGAAACUUACAGGGCUUUACUAGAAGGAGAGAACAGUCAGUGGAUUCUUAUGUGGGAUGAAGAGCAUGGAAGGAAAUUACCGCAAGGUGUCCGGAACAUGCUUUAUGAGUACAGCAACCGCCACUCGGCUUAUCAACAGGAGAAAGGAAAGAGAACUUUUCCUGCAAUCCAAAAUGUUGACACAAGAUAUAAAUCCCCUGUAACAAAUAUUAGAAGCUCUGCCGCUUAUUUAUCAAGGACAAAAACUGCCGGGAUGCAGGCAGCUGCUCCUGGGAAAACAUUAAGGAGGGAUGCUUUUAGGCCUUCUGCAGCGACCAAAAAAGACGGGACUUGUGAGAGAACCCUGACGAAACAGAGGGAGAUUCGAACCCUGUCUCCACCUUAUCUUAUUAGUCGAGGCAGUGAAGUUCUACAAAGAACAUUUCCUGAACGAAAGAGAGGUGAAACUGUGUAUUUUUCGAAAGAAUCAACAACUGGCCAGAAACGCACGGCAAGUCCAAGUAUUUCUGAAAAUGUGAGAACAAAAGUGGGUAUUUCUACAUUUCCAUCUUACAGCCGGAUCUCCAGUUCUAAAGAAACUAAACAUGAGACAACCACGGAAGGUACUCAUACUAGAGUGAAUGAACAAAUCAAAGACAGUAAGCCAAGGAAAGAGGGGAACACUACUUUCCUAGAAACCUCUGCUGUUGAGAAGAUUAGUGAGAAAUUGGCCGGAGCAGACAGAAAUGUUAACUUUCAAAAGAAGACUGAAAUUAAAGGCAUGGAUGGAAAAAAGCACAUGAUGGAAGAAUUUAAAGAUAACAGAAAGGAAGACAGGUUUAUGAGUGAUAAAACACCCAAGGAAGGAAGUUAUGUAAGAUUGGAAGAACGGAUUAGAAUGGAUACACCAGGAAAAAAUCUUCCAGCAGAUGUAAAGUUCGGGGAAAGUCAUUCUUUUCAAAGAGGGGUAAAUGUGAGCAUGGCAAGACAGAGCAAAGAAUCAUCUGAGAUCCCCGCCCGUUCAGAAGUGCAUACUCAUGGCCAAGUAUCGAAGAACAAUAAUGUAGAAAUAACAUUACAAGACUUGAAACCUUUUGCUGGAAAACAGAAGAAUGAAACUGCAUCUAAACUCACCAGAGAACCUAAUCAAGAUGAAGUAAAUGAAGAAGAAAGUGCUAAAGUGGGUAGUUUUCUUACAGAAAGUAUAGCAGAAAACAUAGUUUCUGACAUUCUUAAAGGUUUUGUGCAGAAAUCGUCUGAUGCAAAACCUCCCCCUGAUACCAAAGCCUCCAUCUUUGAAAAGAAAGACAUUUCUGAGGAUGGAAAAUUGAAGACGGAGAUCAUUAUACAGUCCACAAUGGAAGAUGAAUUGAAUGUUUCUGAUGAGUUUGAUCUUGGAAGUGUCUUAAAGAAAGACGUUAAAAAGGUGCUGGAAGAGAGCAAAGGAGCCGUAGCUAAAGAUGUAAUAGAAGAUAUCAUUAAAGCUGGGGUGAAAGGAAUGGAAGGCAAAGGAAAAAGGACAGUUCAAGUUGAGAUAGUUGAGGAGCCUCUAGGAACUACAGCUGAUGAAAGAAUGGAAUUUUCAACGCCGUUUGAAGUAGAGGAAGCAGAAGAUACAUUGCCCGGUAUGUCAGGACAUCGAUACUAUGGUGAUGAAGAGAAAGCUACCACAAGUGCUGCCGUUGACCUUAAACAAAAACAACCUAGUGUGAUUGUGUCUCAUGUGGAAGAAGUACCUGAGGGGGAUGAUGUAGUAGAUGAAGAAAAGUACUUUGUGUCUACUCCAGAUGAAUACCCCUUGGGUCAUGAGCAAGAUGAAGGCUCCCUCUAUGGUCAAAUCCACAUUGAAGAAGAAUCAACAGUAAAGUAUUCCUGGCAAGAUGAAUUUCUGCAGGGAUCUCAAACACGGAUAAAUGAAAGUAUGGGUUCACCAGAGCUGAUUUAUGAUGUAAUGGGGGGUGAGGCAAGUGCUUUUACUUCAAAGGAGGAUGCACCACAGGAACAGGUGGCACAUGCUGAAUCCAUUGUUAUUGAGAAAGAGAUAAAAAUCCCACCUGAAUUUCAUGAGUCAAUAAAGGGUCUCUUUUCUCAGGAGUCAAAGGAUCCUAAACAUCAGUUGAAGGAAGCAUUAGAAAAGCUGGAAGACACUCUCCCAGAAAGUGUAAAACAGGAACUCUCUGCAUUAACAAAAGAGAGCCAGGGUGAUUCAAGUAGCUUGGAAGUGGAUAUUAAAAAGGUGGAGAACACCAAAAAAGGUGGUUUGGUUACUAUAGUGGCAGAACUCAACCUGUCCCAGACCCUUGACUCUGACCAGUUCAGCACGGAAUUUCUUGGCAAAGGUGUGGCUGACGAGAUAAAGUUGCCCACACAGUCACAGAGUGAAGGUGGUUUUGUUGAAUACUGGAAGCAAGAGUCAGAAAGCAGUGGUGACGGUAGAAAUAAAAUUGGAAUAGAUGUUUCUUCCACACCUUGGACUAUAGAAGAGGUUUCUAGCUCAGGCAAACUGAGCAGCAGCGAUGGGAUGGAAUAUCUCUCCAAUGAACAAGUUAGCCAUCAAGGCCCAGGUUUCAAAAGUGUGGAAGCUAAUAGCAGAGAAUAUGAAUACCCUUUACAAGGGUCGUUCGAUAGUAACAGACAUAUACGGCAAAUUGUAGUCGGGCCAACAGAAAUUCGCAGAACCGAGCACGUCCUUUAUGAAGGUCCUAUCUCUGAAACUCUGGACUUCGGGUCAGGAGCAUCAGCAGACAUUAGUCAAUCCAUAAAGGAAUUCAAUCUCGGGCCUGAAGAAAUUCAGACCACGGAAAAAAUAAUUUAUAGAGGGCCUGUUCAUAAAACUGUGGAACUGAGUGGUUCUGAAAGUCCUGUUCAGGCACAGUUGUCAACUGAUAUUAGGUCCUCUAAACACAUCACACUGGGUUCAAACCAAAUUGUUGAAGAAUUUGUUUUUGAGGGGCCAGCUUCGGACUUAUCCUCAAUUAAUAACCGUGAGGGUCUUUUGCAGAUGAAAGGGCCAGCAGAAACCAGCAGAUCGAUAAGGCACAUUCAAAUAGAUCCAAAAGAAAUCCACACUGAACAAGUUGUAUAUGAAGGGCCCAUUUCUGGAUUUAUGGAGUCCAGCAGCGCUGGAGACCAUAUUCUGACUGAAGAGUCUUUAAGCCAUAUUAGGCUAGGACAGAAAGACACCCAACUAUCUGACCGAGUUGUAUAUGAAGAAUCUUCUCACAAGACAAUCGGACCUGAUCUUUGCAUGGAAGGGUUGCCAGAUACUAAUACUACUAUCAGGCACAUUAAGUUAAGUCCAAAGGAAUUUGUAACUGAGCAGAUUGUUUUUACAGGGCCCACUUCAAAACAGCACCUGGAGUUUGGUGAACCAGGACAGAUUUUCUCUUCUGAAGGGUCAAUAAGGCACAUUAAAUUAGGGCAGAAGGACGUUCGGAGUAGCGAGCAGGUCGUGUACCAAGGUUCUGUUUCGGAAUCUUCAGGAGUCAGUUCCUCAGGGGAAGACGUUUUGGAAGAAGGCGGUCUCACAGAGAUCAGUAGAUCAAUGCGGCACGUCCGGCUGAGCCCCAGUGAAACUGCUACCGAGGAGAUUGUAUUCCAUGGCCCUGUUUCCGAAACGUUCAGUUUGGGCACUGCAGAUCUUUCUCCGACAGAUGGGCCCUCGGAAAACAGCAAAUCUGUUGGCCAUAUAAAGAUAGGAGCUAAGGAAGCAUCCUUUACCUUUCAGAUGGAUGUAACCAACGUGGCAGGGGGAGCACAAGAAGCUACCAUUUUCGUACCGAACAGAAAAGGAGCAGAUAACUAUCAGUUGGAGGGCACCGUGAAGGAAGGCCAGAAAGACAUUGGGAGUGAACAAAGAUCAGAGACGUCGACGUUUAAUAAAACUGUUCAACUGCAGAGGAUGGUAGACCAAAGAUCGGUGAUUUCGGACGAGAAGAAAAUUGCCCUUCUGUACUUGAAUGAGAAUGAAGGGGAAGAGGAAGAUGAUGGACCUUGGUUCUAAAAAAAAUAAGAUUUUCAAGUUUUUUUCUUCUUUUUAAUUUAAGCGCUUAAAUGCCAUUUAUAUAAAGUUGUCUUUAAAAAAAAAGCAGGGUCACUAUUACACUUUAGCCAUUAACAAUGAACUCAUGGCUUUGAAUUAAAAAAAAAACUUAUACAGCA